AUGAGAUUAUUUUUCUUCUCCCUCCCAAGUAUUCUUACCGCAGCCCUUGCGGCUGAGUACGCAAUCGAUCCAGAGUGUGAGCUUGCUCUUGGCCCUGGCGUGCGGGAUGGCAUCAUCAGCGGGAUGAAAGAGGCCGUGGAGCUGGCAGAGAAUGCUCUGGAAGUUCUCAACCAGCACGAAAGCGAUGUCUACGUUCAGAACCUGAUUCGAUACCUCUAUGGGAUCCAAGAUCGAGAUCAGAUUAUGGACAGAGUGAAAGGCAAGAAGCCCCAAACCCACUUGUCCGCGACACCGUCCGCUCUGAGCACCAAUGAUGAGGCAUGGUUCAAUGGCGCUGAGCGCAGUAGCAAUGAUGUGGGCCUGUACUGCAGCAAUACUCGUUUGAUACCGCACCCAACAAAGCCCGCCCUCCGAAUGAACAAGCACAAUCGCCCAAUCACGGUGAGGGCGAAACAGGUUGAAGCUCUCUUCAAAUGCCACAAUCAUGAUGCAGUUCUUGAAGUGGGCACGAAUCAGAGAUAUACCAAGGCUUUGACUAUGGGAUCGUAUACUAUAGAUCUGGAAGCUUUUAAGGCGGCCCCCGGCGCUCCGCCCCUCAACGAGUUCAAGGUGGGCACAGGGCACCCGGCCAACAUAGAUAUCUGUUCGGUGUUCAUCAGACAAGCAGCUCUGGAAGGGUGGCCCUUGAUCAACGAGGAACGGAUUGCGCGCAUUCGCUCAGAAACUUUCAUCAAUGGGAUGACGGAUAUUCAGCGACCAGUCGAUGGGAUAAAGACAUUUGGCGUCACGAUGUUUCACGAGCUCACACAUGCGAACAUCGGCGGGUUCUUUACUGAUGCGGACGAUAUCAUGGAAGGCGAAGACCCGAAAUGUUUCAAUUGGAUCAGCUGCACAAGGCUUUCAACACUGCCCGGUGGCAGGACAAACUCUGAUACCGCCGCAAUUCUGGUGAUGCUCCUCAAAGCCUGGAGACUGGGGUAUUAUGUUGACCAGGACGGAUUCGCCCACCCGAGGAUUUAA